CCACUCCCUCCCGCUGUCCCUGUCCGUCUCAUCUCCCGCCCUCCCUCGCUGCCGUGUGUGUGUGAGAGAGAGAGAAGCAGUGAGAGAGCUGCAGGCGCUGCUAUAGGAAGGGGAGUGAGCUCAGCUCAGGGCUGCAGCCUCCCCUCUGCUCCUUCUUUGCCUAUUUUAGUCACAUCUCCCCGCUGCUCCCUGUCACUGACACAAGUAACUUUCCAGGCGCCUCGGCUGCACAUCCAGGUCUGACCUUUUUUGGUGGCAACAACGCAGACACAAUUACUUUUAAAGAGGUAAUGGAGAGCAGUGAAGCAGGAAUAUGGGCUCUUCACACAGAACUUUCUAUAUUAUAUACUGGAGUAUAAUGCUUUUCCCAGUGCAUUUUAGCUGGAGUAUCAAGUCAGAUCACCUGAUUGACUGAAAAUUAUAGUGCUGGCAAGAUUUGGACCAUGAUAGAUUUGCAGGAGGAUGGAGCCAAGCAAAACAAGCCAAAGAUUAACAAGACACAAGGUAUAGGUUAUGCUGUGUGACUUAUGACUACAAAUGUGGAACAAGUGAACUACCGAGCUGCUAUUUCUGCAGUAAACUGCAUCACAAGGCAGGAGAGAGAUGCUGUAAUGUCUGGCAUAGGACACCGUUAAAAUAGAUUUUUCAAAUCCAAAGUACAAAGAAGAAUGGAUGGCUACUUUCGAGGAUCUAAGCUGCUAUGUGUGCGACCUCUCUUGGUGAAAUUCAGCCUACCCAGAAGAGUAUGGAGCUUUUUAUUCUAGUCAUUGAUGAGUCUGAACUGAAUAAAUAGAAGGAUCAUGCAGACUUACCAUGAAGCAUUGGCUGUUGCCUUUACUGCCCUACUGAAACUUACUUUAAAAACAAAAGGGUGUGGGAAGACGAAUUAUAGAAACUGUAAACAGCUGCAUACUAGCCUGAUGUAGAAGCUCUUUUUCUGGUUAGCCAUGGGAGAUAAUGUGACUUUCUGGGAGAGACUUGUGAUUGGACAUCCAGUAUGUAGUGACUGGAAGCAGGAGGUUGAAGGAUCCAUUUACCACCUGGCCAGUGUUUUCUUUGUAUUGGGCUGCAUGGGAGGAAGUGGAUACUUUGGGCUUCUCUAUGUGUACAUUUUCUUUGCCAUAAGUUUCCUCUGCACCUCUUUAUGGGCUUGGAUGGAUGUCUGUGCUGCUGAUGUGUUCUCCUGGAACUUUAUCCUUCUUCUGAUCUGUAUUGUGCAGAUCAUUCACCUUGCCUAUCAGCUGAGGACUGUGACAUUUGACAAAGAAUUCCAAGAUGUGUACUCUGCAGUUUUCAAACCUCUUGGGAUCUCACUAACUAUAUUUCGGAAGAUCAUCUCAUACUGUAAUGCAGAGGUAGUGACGCUGGAAAGAGAUCAUUGUUAUGCUGUUCAAGGGAAAACACCAAUUGACAAACUCUCUCUGCUUGUAUCUGGAAGGAUACGAGUAACCGUAGAUGGGGAGUUUCUUCAUUACAUUUUUCCUCUUCAGUUCCUGGAUUCUCCCGAAUGGGACUCACUUAAACCUUCGGAAGAAGGGCUUUUUCAGGUAACUCUUACUGCAGAAACAAAGUGCCGAUAUGUUACUUGGAGGCGGAAGAAAUUAUAUUUGUUAUUUGCAAAGCACCGUUUUCUCGCCAGACUGUUCUCACUGUUGAUUAGCAGUGACAUUGCUGAUAAACUGUAUGCUCUGAAUGAAAAAGUCUUUGUAGACAGUGGUUUUCGAUUUGACAUUAGACUACCAAACUAUUACCACAGGGCAUUACCAGACCAAGAACCAUCAACAACUCCCAUGAUCCGGAUUCAGAUAUCUCCUUGAUGGGACAAAGCACUAAGAAACCCUCACUCCUCUUAUGUAUAACCCGGGUGCUUUGGGGUGUUCAUGCAUUAACCAUCACCCUCAGCAGUUCAUAGUAACCUCCAUAUUGGUUGGGAAGUGCCAUUUGACUUUAUUCAUCAUAAACCGUACUUAUUCUUUCAAAUGAAAUUAUUUUUAUACUGGAAUGCUAAUAGUACAUUUGAAUAGUACAUUUGAAUAGCACUGCUGCCUAAUAAGUCAUGAAUAACAAGUUGUUUUUAAUGCCAAAUUAAAGUUCCACUGAGAGGUAA